AUGAUUUGGACUUCGAAUUUUCUUCACUCGGAUUAUGGAUCUCUAACAGUCUUGAUUCAAAAGGAUAUUGGAGGUCUGGAGAUUCUCUCCAAUUCAUCCUUCUGGAUUCCGGCGCCCGUUAUUCCUAAUCACGUGUUAAUAAACAUUGGUGACUUGCUCGAAUUCUGGACUAAAGGAUUAUUUAAAUCAACUGUACACCGUGUGGUAGCUCGAAAUAAUAAAACUUCUGGUGACAAAAAUUUCGCCCCUGAUAAUGACAGAUAUAGCAUCGCAUAUUUUUGUCACGCAGAGGAUGAUGUCGGACUAGAUCCAAUUCCGAGCAAAAUUAUCGAUGUACUAGAUGAGAAUACUAAAGUAUGGGAUAAAGUUGGAUACAAGGAAGGCGCCAAGGGGAAGGUGAUAACUUCUGGGGAACAUUUGAGAUAUAGGUUAGAUGUUUCUUACAAAUAUUGUUGA